AUACUAAGAAAGCGUACUUAAAUUUCAACACAUUUUAUUAUUUUGAUUCGUGGAUUUUUUCAAAAUCAAAGAAAUUAAUUAAAUAUAUAGCUAAUAAUGCCUUCAGCUACAGACGAACGAGUUGAGAAUGUUGGAAAGAUACUUAACGACCCAAAUCGACCGAUGAAAGAGCGAUUUCGAGCUUUAUUUACGCUUAAAAAUAUUAAAGGUCCGAUAGCUAUAAAGUGUAUUGAGGAAGCAUUUGUGGAUGACUCGGAUCUCUUAAAACAUGAAUUGGCAUAUUGUCUUGGUCAAAUGAAGGAUACACGAGCAAUUCCAGCAUUAAUUAAAGUAUUGGAGGAUGUCAAUCAAGCACCAAUGGUCAGACAUGAAGCAGGCGAGGCAUUAGGAGCUAUUGGAUGUCCAAGUGUCAUUGAUUUACUCGAGAAAUAUUCCAAAGAUCCAAUUGUUGAGGUCGCAGAAACUUGUCAAAUUGCACUGGAUCGUGUAAAAUGGAUGCAAGAGCAGGAAAAGCUUGAUGACAAUAAUCCAUAUGCAUCUGUUGACCCAUCACCACCAAUGGCUAAUAAACAAACGGUUACUGAGCUACAGAAUGUUCUUAUGGACGAUAAAGAAAGUCUUUUUAAGAGAUACAGAGCAAUGUUCAGCUUAAGGAAUUUGAGGACGAAGGAAGCAGUCUUAGCUAUAGCUUCUGGAUUAAAGGAUAGCAGUGCAUUAUUUAGACAUGAAGUAGCAUUCGUACUCGGGCAGUUACAAGAUGAAAACUCAAUUCCUUAUCUUAUUGAGAACUUGGAAGAUCCAUUAGAGAAUGAAAUGGUCAGACAUGAAUGUGCUGAAGCACUUGGAGCCAUAGCUAAUGAAGAAUGUGUUGAAGUUCUUACAAAAUAUUUAAAAGAUGAGAAACGUGUAGUUAAAGAGAGUUGUGAAGUGGCGCUGGAUAUUUGCGAUUAUGAGAAAUCUGGUGAUUUUGAUUUCAUGUAA